GACUUCAAGAGUUGAGACUCUUAGACCCUACAUUGCUUUGCUCUGUCAACCGAUUUUCUAGCUUUUGAUUUGCAAAAUCUAAAGCCUUAUCUUCACUCAUUCUCCUCCAUUCAUUUCACCUCUUCCUGUAUCUUCCACUAUACAUCAUCACUUCCUUUAUUAUUAUUAUUCCACCGUCUCCUACAUUUUCUCUUUUUCUUUCCCUUUUUUCUGUUUUGUGUUUUGGGUGUGCGGUGGCUUUGCUUUUUGGUCUCAACUUGAGGUUUUCUCAAAAGGGCUUGAGGAUCUUCCAAGAAAAAGGCCUUUAACAGUCUCAAAAUUUGAUCUUUGCAUGCACAUGCAUCUAUUUGAAGCUUGAAAAAAACACAAAAAAAGGGUUUGUAUCUUUAAGUGAACAUGAAGAUUCAGUGUGAUGUGUGUGAGAGAGCUCCUGCAACAGUGAUUUGUUGUGCAGAUGAGGCUGCACUCUGUGCAAAAUGUGACAUUGAAGUUCAUGCAGCUAACAAAUUGGCAAGCAAGCACCAAAGGCUCCUCCUUCAGUGCCUUUCCAAUAAACUUCCUCCAUGUGAUAUUUGUCAAGAGAAGACUGCUUUCAUUUUCUGUGUUGAAGACAGAGCCCUCUUCUGUAAGGACUGUGAUGAACCGAUCCAUUCAGCUGGUAGCCUUUCGGCAAACCAUCAGCGGUUCCUGGCCACUGGAAUCCGAGUAGGUUUGAGCUCUAGAUGCACCAAGGAUACUGAAAGAAGUAACUCUGAUCCACCUAAUCAGAGUACACAACAAACUUCUGUCAAAGUGCCUGCACAGCAACCAUCAAGCGUUUCAUCUCCAUGGGCCAUGGACGAUCUGCUUCAAUUUUCAGAUUUUGAAUCCUCUGGAAAGAAAGAGCAACUCGAGUUUGGAGAGCUUGAAUGGCUAGCAGACAUGGGACUUUUCAGUGAGCAACUUCCUCAGGAGGCGCUAGCAGCAGCUGAAGUUCCUCAACUUCCCGUCUUCCAGUCCAGCAAUGUUCCCUCUUACAGACCGAUGAAAUCGAGCACGCCGCACAAGAAGCCUAGGAUCGAAAUCCCAGACGAUGAUGAUGAGUAUUUCACAGUCCCGGAUCUUGGCUAAACGUACACAAAUAAACUCUACAGUGUGAGUCUAUAGGUUGAUGAUCUGCAUAUAUAUACACUCAUAAGUACAUGAACAUAUGUAUUUAGUUACGUAUGUACUUACAUGUGUAUUCGAUGUGUUAUAAUGCAUUUUAGGAGCGACAAUUCCCUGUUAGCUUAACAGAAAGCAUUAGCUUAGUGAUUCACCUUUCUUUGUUUUGAUCCAUCAAUAUGUGUUUCUGGUUUUUUCUUUUAUUUCUUCUUUUGCUGAAAUUUCGAAUACAUGGCGCCACUAUGGUGGGGAUAUUAUUCACACUA